UUUUUUUUCUUUUUUUUCUUUUUUGGCCGCGUUUUCCUUAGUUUAAUGCGGGGACUGGGAUUUAGAAGGAAUGGCUACCAAGUUCAUACGCCGCCAUCUUUUUUUCAAUCUUCGUUGUCCAAUUUUGUCUCACAGUAUGACCAUCAAGAAUACGGUGACUGCUCUUACCAGAGAAGAGAUUAUCUCACUUCUGAUUCAAGCUGCUAUUUGGGCUAUGAUAGCCGUAGCUAUCUCUGUCAUAACUCUGGCGAUAGCAGUGAUUUUCCUUCGAUGGUAUGUGCGUAAAAGAUCACGGAAUGCGCUGCCACAUCUUCGGGCUGUGCGAGGCAAGAGAAGAGAUUUUCGGCCUGUUGUUGUUGGAUUUUUUCACCCUUACUGCAACGCAGGAGGUGGAGGAGAGAGAGUGCUUUGGACAGGCAUUCGAGCUCUCCAAAAUCGUUAUGAUUUUGUUCGUUGUGUUGUGUAUACAGGAGACCCGCAUGUUAGUGGAGAAGAAAUCCUUCGAAAAGCCAGGCAACGUUUCAACAUAUCUUUGCCCCAGCCGGUUGAAUUUGUCUUUUUAAAGAAAAGGCGCUGGGUUGAAGCGAGUAUGUAUCCAUACUUCACACUCCUGGGACAAAGCUUAGGAUCAAUGUUGCUGGGCUGGGAAGCUCUGAACUCUUACUUGCCAGACAUUUUCCUGGACACUAUGGGUUAUGCCUUCACUUUGCCUCUGUUUCGCUAUCUUGGUGGCUGUCAGGUUGGUUGCUAUGUUCACUAUCCAACCAUCAGUACUGACAUGUUGUCGCGUGUCGGGGGCCAAACAGUUUCAUACAACAAUGCUUCAUUCAUCAGUAAUAGUCGCAUUCUAAGCACGGUCAAGUUACUUUAUUAUUACUUGUUUGCAGUAAUAUAUGGUCUGGCUGGGUCUUGUGCUCAAGUUGUCAUGGUGAAUUCAACUUGGACAUAUGGCCACAUCUUGUCGUUAUGGAGGAAGAAGAACCAGACAUCCAUAGUUUAUCCACCUUGCGACACUCGGGCGUUCUUAGAAUUGCCAAUAAAGGUUGGUAGUGCAGACAUCGAUGAAGAUGACGAUGACAUUGUCCACUCCGUAGUAUCUGUUGGACAGUUCAGACCAGAGAAAGAUCACCCACUCCAACUACGAUCUUUUCAUGAGUUCCUCAAAUGCAAAAUGGCAAAAGACCGACACAAGUACAAACUAAUUCUUGUUGGGAGCUGCCGUAAUCAAGAAGACACAGACAGAGUAGAUUCUCUGAAACAGUUGGCAUCAAAGCUUGGAAUUAAAAGCAAUGUGGAGUUUGCUUUGAAUGUUUCCUUUGAGAAACUCAAGUCUUACCUUGCAGAAGCAACCAUCGGUCUCCACACAAUGUGGAAUGAACAUUUUGGGAUUGGCGUUGUGGAAUGCAUGGCCAGUGGUGCUAUUGUUUUGGCUCAUGACUCGGGGGGGCCUAGAAUGGACAUUGUCAUUGAAUGGGAAGGAAAGCCAACCGGGUUUUUGGCAAGUGAUGAGAAAAGCUAUUCUGCUGCCAUGGAGACGAUCUUUGCACUCUCACCAGAGGAGAGAAGUGUCAUAUGCCACAAUGCAAGGGACAGUGUCAACAGAUUUUCAGAGAAAGCUUUUGAAAAUGGAUUUCUUCAAUGUACUGAGCCCUUGUUCAUGAGUGUGUGAGUUCAAAUACAACACUUUUAUCCAUAAUACUAAUGUUCAGGACAUUGAGGAAUAUUGCAUUUACAAAGGAUUCUUCAAAUUAUUAUUAUUAUUGUGUGUUAAGCCCAUGAUACAUGGAAGUUCAGAGAGGCAUCCCAUUAUCAGGAAGAACUGUCAUGGGGCGGCAUGGCACAAGCACAAGUACAUUAUACUCUAUCAACCUCUUACUGCAAUCAAGACUGCGAUUAGAAACAGAUUUUAGGAAAAAAAUUCUUGAUUCUAGUUUGGUGAAAUAAAUAAUUAUUAAAAAGCAUGGCAGAAAUUCAGUAGUGCUAUAAUCAAACGAUUUAUCAGGGUUCCUUAGUCAAGAGCUAGCUUUAGGUUCCAAGUUGCUAGUCUCUAGGUUUGGCUGAAAGAGUUAAAUUGUUACAAAAUGGUUAGAGUAAUUUUCGAGAAUUGAAAUCAAUAAAACUUUAGUUUUGGGAUGUA